UUCAAGAGGGAAAAUUCAAAUCUGCAACAGUCAAGGGUUGGGUUUCACGUUAAAGUUUUGUUGAAAUUUUUGUCAAAAACAGCUGGAAAGUUCAAAUCGGUGAUUGACCAUCGUGAUGAGGAAAUAGACCGUCUGGGCAGGAUGUUGGACGGAGGGCGGCCCUACGAUGUGGUCGCCUUGGAAACAAGGAACAGGGCCAAUGAACGCAUGAUCUCACACCUCAAUAUACAGAUUGACUACCUACAGCAGAAAAACCGUGAGUACCAGCGGCGUCUGGAUGAGGCUCAGCUGGUGGAGCGGGAGGCGAGGUCCGAGACCAUCGAUCUGAAUGCUAAGAACAAGGCCCUGGCGGCAGACCUGGAGGAUGUGGACCGCAUGGCACAGUCCUUGCAGCUACAGAAAGAUUCCGUGAUGAGGAGUGCUGAUAUGGAGCUCUCAGAUGCUAAGAUUGAGCUUGAAAGGUCAAGGCAAGAAUUACAAGACUUAGAUCUUACAGUGUCACAACUAAGAGAAGAAAAGCAGCAGUAUGGAGAAGACAAUGCAGCUCUGAGGUCGCGGCUGUCGUCACGGGAAGCAGACUACCAGAGACUGGAGGAACUUAUGGCCAAAGUGCAGGAAGACAAGAAGAGGCUCAGUCAGAGAGUGAAUAAAUUAACUUCUAAUGAGCGAGAGCUUGUGUUAGAAAUUGAGAGGUUGAAGAAGAAGAAUGGCCUAGUCAAGAAAAGAGGCAAGUCUCCCAACCGCCUGGAUGCCUUCAUCCGAGGUCUGGAGGAGGAGAGAGAUUAUUACAAGGGAGAGGUGGACACGUUGCAGAAGAUGAUGCAGCAGCAGCGGUCAGCUUCUCCGUCCAGAGGACGCAGUCCAGCCAGGGCAAAACGUGACACCUCCCCAGCAGGAAAGAGUGCGGCUCACUACGAGACCAUAGUUCGUGUGUUGGAGGACGAGAGAGACUUCUACAAGAAGGAGUAUGAGAAGGCACGCACAAUGUCCAGAACAGCCAGUCCUGCUCGCUCUCCUCCAACUAGAGACAGGAGUGUUGCCGAGGAGACAGAGCUGCUCAGGGUGACCCGAGAGAGGAACGAGUUACAGGCAUUACUGGACAAGUUUGAGCGGCACAUGGCCGAGAUCCAGUCCAAUGUCAAGGUGCUAACGUCAGAGAGAGAUAAGCUGAAUCUGAUGUAUGAACAGACUAAAGAAGAGCUGCAGAGGAUGAGGAGAGACGUGGUGAAGUCUCCCAAGUCUCCUAAAGUUUCUCUGGCCGCGCAGGCAGUGUUACGGCGCGUGGAGAAUGAGAGAGAUGACGCAAUCGCAGACUUGAGGCGUAUGACCACAGAGAGAGAUAGCAUGAGGGAAAGACUAAAGAUGGCCACAGAAACAAGUCUAUCAGACAGAGCCAGGCUGGAACAAAAAAUAGAAGAUUUAGAAAAUGCACUGCAUAAUGUGGAGGUGGAGAGAAAUGAACUUCAGGUAAACCUGAGCACACAAAAGGCUCUGACCAACUCCUCCGAGGACCAGUGUAGAGAGCUGAACAUCCAGCUGAAUGCUGCCCUGGAGGAGGGAUCUCAGCACAAAGCUACCGCCACGCAGAUGAGGUUGCUGGCAGAGCAGACAGAGGAGGCCCUGGAAGAGCACAGACGUAGACUCACCAGGAAGGAAGGAGAUCUCAAAGUAGCGGAGGAACGAAUUCUACGCCUGGAGGAGCGUUCCACAGACCUGCAGCGUGCCAAUGUCAACCAAUCAGAUCAAAUCACUCAGCUCCGUGGCACAAUAAGUGCGCUAGACGGAGAGAAAGACAGUCUUCAAAUGACAGUGGAUGAGAAGUCCGAAAGGAUAGCUGGUCUAGAUGCAGAAGUUGUAGUUAGGGACAGACAGAUCAGUGAUUUAAGGAUAAAUAUAGGAGAGUUAGAGGCCCAGCUGGAUCGUGCCAAUGAAAAUAUUAACCAGUUGGACCGCGAGAUCAAGAGCCUACGUCGCCAGCUGGACAGUACCACUGAGGAGCUGUCAGAGACCACCAGGGGGCGUGAGGUGGCUCUACGAGAAAACAGGCGACUUCAAGAUGACCUGGCUGCCAUGACAAGAGAAAACCAGAAUCUAAACCAAGAUCUCCAGGACACGAUAGAUGAGAGAGAGGAGUUGAAGAACCAGGUGCAGGACUAUGUGAUGGAGGUGAAGAGAGUGGAGGAACUACUGGCAGCUAAGGAGGACGAGAGGGGAGAUCUGUUGAACCAGUAUAGGGUCCUCAGUAGGGAGGCGGAGAGAUACGAGACACAGACCCACCAGCUGGAGAGCGAGGGCUCAAACCUACGUCUAGAACUCAUGUCACGAGACUCCGAGGUCAGGAGGUUAAGAGAUAAAGUAGAGCUGAUGGAACGCGAGAUACAAGAACACCUCCAUGCUCAGCAGGCCUACGAGACCCAGGUGUCCAGUCUGACGCGGUCCGUCUCUCAGCUGGAGGACAACCUACGGGUCACAGAGGACGAGCGUCUGAGUGUGCAGCAGGAUCUGGCUGCUGUACGUGACCUGUGUGCCAAGCUGGAGGCCACCAAAGACUCACUGCAGAGACAGUUGACAGGGAAGACCCUGGAUCAGGAACAGCUUCAAGCCGCCCUGGACGAGCUGAAAGCAGACGCAGAUGCGUUACGAAGCCAGGUGAACAGCGAGCGAGGCACAGUAAGGAACCUGGAGGGACUUCUGUCUUCCAACAGAGAGAAAGAGUUCCAGACCCAGCUCAGUGCUCAGGAGAAGAAUGCUGAGAUACAGCUCCUCAAGGAUAGGCUAACUCUGAAUGAGAGCAAAUUGUGA